AUGAUGGCAGGAGCUCACAAAUUAGUUUUAGAAAAAUUUGGUCCUACAGAUUAUACUCGAAAAUCUGUGAGAGUAGUCAUCAACACUACCCCCAACAAAUCUAAACCACAACUGAAGUUGGUGCUCAUGAAGUCCUGGUGCUUUCUCUUGCUGUUGGAAUGCCAGGUGGCUCUGGCCCAGAGUGUCUGUGGCGGAAAAAGAAAUGGAGCUAGGAAACCAAAGGCUAAACAAGUUUUAUCAAAUAAUGUUGAAAAACUCCCUGGUUUCAGUAACAAAGAUAAAGACUGUAUCCUAGAAAUGGCCUUUUUGCUUGAUAGUUCUGAAGAUGUGGGCAAUUAUUAUCACGAGCAGCAAAAGAAAUUUGUGUUGGAAACGGUGAAUAAGAUGAAAGGUCUACAACUCACUUCUGGGCAUACCCUCCAAUGGAAAAUGUCCUUACUGCAGUAUAGCAGUACUGUCCUCAUGAAGCAGACCUUCCACAGCUGGGAGGGUCCUGAAGACUUCCAGAGCCAUGUUGCAUCCAUCACACCCACUGGUCCUGGAGCAUAUAUGACUUAUGCCAUAACCAACUUAACAUGGCUGUAUAAGACAGAAAGCAUUCCUGGCAGUGCCAAGGUUGCAGUGCUCUUUAUAGAUGGAGCAAAACAUGCAAGAAACACAGAUAUUUCUGCAGCUUCUAGGAAGGCUAAAAACCAAGGCAUCAUCUUCCUUGUGGUGGGAUUGUCCAGUGUAGCUGAAGAGACAGCCAGUGCUGCCAUACUGUAUCGCCUUGCCAGGGUUCCUGCCUCUCAAGUUGUCUUUAGUCUACAGGAGAAAGAAGUGGUGGAAAAGGUUCUUAAAAAAACAAAAGAACUGACAGAGGAAAAGUGCCUUCAAACUUCUGCAUGCUUGUGUGAGAAAGGGGAAAGAGACUUUCCCUGCCCUGCUAACAAAGAAUCACUGGUAUUACUAUAUGAAGACUAUGAAGAAAAACAUAAGAAAGUAAAACAGCUACCUAUAUCUUCAGUGAAUCUGCAAGAAAAUACAUGGAAUCCCCAAUGUCAGUUAAACUUAGAUCAAGGAUCCUGCCGUGUAUAUGUUAUAAAAUGGUACUAUGAUAAGAAAGCAAAUGCUUGUGCUCAAUUUUGGUAUGGUGGCUGUAAUGGAAAUGCAAAUCGCUUUAACAGUGAAGAUGAAUGUAUAAAGACCUGUGUAUUUUUCCAUGGAGGUACAGUGUGA